GUAGACGUUACAGUUCUAAUGCAGAGACAUGAACUCCCAGAGUGACUGGGUUCAAACAGACAGUGGCUAUACCCAAAGGAUACCCCACUCUGUGACAGCCAUCCCUCUGUAGUGACUGGUAGGCCAGUGACGGGCCUACCAUCUGUCUUAAUGAGAGCCUCCUCCAAAGUAUGUGUUUGCUUUAAGUCCAGCUGCAGACAGACGUCCAGCUGCGGACAGACGUCCAGCUGCGGACAGACGUCCAGCUGCGGACAGACGUCCAGCUGCGGACAGAUGUCCAGCUGGGCAGUUGCUCCUUGGUGCCUUCAGACAAAAAAAGAUGUCCUGCUCAUCUACAGCAGCAGGUGGAUUCGUGUUGAUGUCUUACAAAACGAUGCAAUACCAGGUUUACCAAAGGAUUCGUGCACAGCUUGCCAAGUGUGACCAGAGGUGUUAAAGUCUAAACCAGUUCUUCUGUUGAGACUGGGUCAAUGCAACAUGAGCCUGGUCCCAGAUUCUGGACUUGACUCACCUGUAGUACUUGUAUGAAUGAUGUGAUAGUUUCUCCCUCAGCUCAAUGCAGCACUAAAGUAUUGAAUGUCAAUGUGUUCUCUUCAGUGCAGUGUUCAAACACACCUGAAGUUCUUCAUCUUUAAUGUGAAUGUUUCCAUUAAGUUAUUGAUAAUCAUACCUCUGAGCAUUCAUGACACCUGGUCAGACCUAAUGACGUGCCUUAACAAACUGUUAUUUCACCUCAAUAAAUGAUUUUUUAAAUAAUUUGGUUUGUGCUUUAGAAGUCUUGGUUUCUGCACAUUCUUCUGUUUCUUCCACAGGAAGUGAACCUCAGGACACACAGUGUGCAUGUUGGUCAUUAAACAGUGAUCAGGUGGUAUCUGACUUCACUGAGCUUCACUCUGGUUCUGAUGAAAACCGGUGUCGGUGUUUGCUUCAGCUCAUUACAAUCAUGUGGGAUCCAGUUGUUUCUGUCUAGAAAAACCAACGAAUCAGAGGUGUUCCACACACAGGAACUUCAAUAAUACAACCGACAGCUCUCAUCUGUGAGCUCUUUUAUGCACAAACUAACCCCACUAACAUUUAGUGGCCAAGUGUCCAUUCACUUUUGAACCUUGAGAGUUUAUGUUAAACACAGUUCAGUUUAUCUUCAUGUAAACCUGCAAAUUAAACUCAGGGUUCUCCUGAAUGUCACCAAAGCCUUUAUAAAGCAGCCACGUUCACACAUACAUGCAGCGAUAAACCCUAAACCCUAACUCUAACAGACUAAACCCCAACAAACAAGUUUUAUCGCUGAAUCCAAUAACACACUGCUGCUUCUUCUUAUUCAUCAAUCCCCAUAGUAUUAGUCAAUCACCAUACUAUUUAUUAAUCACCAUAUUGUUCUGUACACUUAUAACAGUCAUUUAUUAUUUUCUAUUAUUUUCCUUUUUAAUCAGUCAUAAAUUGGGUUGUUAUUAUUAUCAAUAGUAUUGAUGUCAUUGUUGUCCUUAUAAUAAUCUGGUAUGAUUAUUAUUAUUAUUAUUAUUAUUAUUACAGCAGGUCAGUCUGUCUGCUGUACUUUAUUAACUGAUUAUGGUCUUUACCUUAUUCAGCUGAAACAUAGUGUGAAAUGUAUUAAAUUAAGUUUUACAGUGAUCUGUUUUUCCUCGUCCUCAGAGACUUUUAAACACAUCUGCUCUGUGAUUGGUGGAGAACGUCCUGUACAGGUGUGUACAGGUGUGGCUGCAUCAGCUUUUAGAAGGAUUCUGACUUAUUCAUGAAAACAAUAAACAUCAUUCUCAGGACUGAAAAACACUAUGAUAAGCCUGACCCUAUUUGACGCAUGCGCUCUGAACAAGCAGACAAUCUCCCGGAGUUGUCUACAUUAGUAGCGGAAGUACAGAAAAUCCUCCUUCAAAAUAAAACAAAAAUAAAGUCACAAGAACAGAUGUGUUGCAGGUGUUUGAGCAGAACACCCGAUCACUACAUGAUGUGUGGUUUUCACUGUGAGUCCAGGUGUGUUAACGCCCACUCCAUUGGUUAAACACAUGGACAGGUAGAGCAUGGUGCUAUAAACUACACAAGCAGCUAGAAAAACAGGAGCACACCUGUUCAACAGAAACAGAGGGAUUCAUUAAACAGAUGCAGGUUUAACCUCCACGUGUGUCGAUGCAGUCAUUUGGCGAUUUGGUCAGUGACUAAUUUGAAGAUCGUACCAGGAAGUCGUGUGUGUCUCUGCAGCCAGCUUCACCCUGGUCUCCUACACCUCCCACCAGUUUCUGUGAAGAAGACUUCCGGUGGUGUGUCAUGGCGGUGGCAUGGUGAAUCCUACAGAAAGGGAAAAAUAUUCGCCCCUGUGGUCCUCUCCCGUCGGUUCAGGGCAGAUUUUCAUGCAGAAAUACGCGUGUCAGCUCCGACCUCGCACCUUGGAUUAGCCAGCGCAGCGCUGCGGUGUCCUCCGCCCGGACAUGGCGGCUCACAAACCAGUGGAGUGGGUCCAGGCCGUGAUUACUAGAUUUGAUGAGCAGCUCCCCAUUAAAGUCGGACACCAGAACACCCACACCAAAGUCAGCACAGAGCACAACAAGGAAUGUCUGAUCAACAUCUCCAAGUACAAGUUCUCCCUCGUCAUCAGUGGCCUCACCACCAUCCUCAAAAAUGUGAACAACAUGCGGAUAUUUGGAGAAGCUUCUGAGAAGAACCUCUACCUCUCCCAGCUCAUCAUCUUGGACACACUGGAGAAGUGCCUGGCUGGGCAAUCGAAGGACUGCUUACGUCUGGAUGAGACCAUGCUGGUCAAACAGCUGCUGCCAGAGAUCUGCCAUUUCAUUUACACUUACCGCGAGGGCCACCAGCACGCUGCCGAGCUCCGGGCCUCCGCCUCAGCCGUCCUCUUCUCUCUGAGCUGCAACAACUUCAACGCCGUCUUCAGCCGCAUCUCCACCAGGCUCCAGGAGCUGACAGUCUGCUCCGAGGACAACGUGGAUGUUCACGACAUAGAGCUGAUGCAAUACAUCAACGUGGACUGCUCCAAGCUGAAGAGGCUGCUCCAAGAAACUGUUCUGAAGUUCAGAGCUCUGAAGAAACCCGCCCAGCUCGCAGUCAUCAACAGUUUAGAGAAGGCAUUUUGGAACUGGGUGGAGAAUUACCCCGAUGAGUUCACCAUGCUGUACCAGCGACCACAGGCAGAUAUGGCAGAAGCUGCAGAGAAGCUGUUUGAUUUGGUGGACAGCUUUGCAGAGAGUGCUAAGAGAAAAGCAGCUGUGUGGCCGCUGCAGAUCAUCCUCCUCAUCCUCUGUCCAGAGAUCACACACACCAUCUCCAAAGACACUGUGGAAGACAGCAAGGCCAACAAGAAACUGUUCAUGGACAAUUUGAGGAAAGCGUUAGCGGGUCAGGGCGGCAGCAAACAGCUGAUGGAGAGCGCCGCCAUCGCCUGUGUCAAACUCUGUAAAGCCUCCACCUACAUCAAUUGGGAGGAUCACUCCACCAUCUUCCUCCUGGUCCAGUCCAUCGUCAUGGAUCUGAAGGCUCUGCUGUUCAAUCCAGCCAAACCCUUCUGGAGGGGGGCGGGAAGCCAGAGCGCUGACGUGGAGCUGAUGAUGGACUGCUUUGUUUCCUGUUUCCGCAUCAAUCCUCACAACAACCAGCACUUUAAGGUCUGUUUGGCCUCCGCAUCCCCUUCGACUUUUCAUUUUGUCCUGGUCAACUCGCUGCACAGAAUCAUCACUAACUCUCACCUGGACUGGUGGCCGAAGAUAGACGCAGUGUACUGCUACUCUGGAGAGCUGCGCUUCAUGUUCUCAGACACCCUGAACCGGGUGAUCCAAGGCGCAGCCACCCACGCUCCACUGCGCAUGACGCCGAGUCUGACGUUCAAAGGGAAGAUGACCACCAGCCUUAAGUUCAAAGAGAAAGCCACAGACCUGGACACUCGAAGCUACAAGUGCCUCCUACUUGCUCUGGUCAAACUCAUCCACGCUGACCCCAAACUCAUGUUACAUAACCCAGUGAAACAGGCUCCAGAGAUGCAGAGCAGCACAGCAGAGCUCAUCACCGGCCUGGUGCAGCUGGUGCCUCUGACCAACACCACCCAGCUCUCGCAGGAAGCCAUGGAGGCUCUGUUAGUCCUUCACCAGCCAGAGACCAUUGAGCUGUGGAAUCCAGAUGCCCCCAUAGAGACGUUCUGGGACAUCAGUUCACAGGUGCUCUUCCUCAUCUGUCGGAAACUGAUUGGUCAACAGAUGGUCAAUGGGACAGAGGUUCUGAAAUGGCUGAGGGAGAUCCUCAUCUGCAGAAACAAGUUCCUGCUCAAGAACAAGGACUGUGCCACGGUGGGCGGAGGGAUCCCGAUCUGCCGGCAGGCACAGACAAAGCUGGAGGUGUGUCUCUAUAUGUUCCUGUGGAGUCCGGACACCGAGGCCGUGCUCGUCGCCAUGUCCUGUUUCCGUCACCUCUGUGAGGAGGCCGACAUCCGCAGCGCUGCCGACGAGGUGCCCGUCCAAAACAUCCUGCCCAACUACGCCACCUUCAGUGAGCUGGCCUCCGUCAGCAACAUGAUGGGAACAGGUCGAUCCACCUUACAGAAGAGAGUGAUGGCCUUGUUAAGGAGGGUGGAGCACCCCACACCAGGAAACAUUGAGGCCUGGGAGGACACGUACACUAAAUGGGACCAGGCCACAAAACAGAUCCUCAACUUUCCCAAGAACAAGGCUGAUGAUGGACAGCAGGAGUGGAUCAACAUGACCGGCUUCCUGUGUGCUCUGGGCGGGGUGUGUCUCCAGCAGCGCAGCACCCCCGGCCCGGCCACCUACAGCCCACCUAUGGGCCCCGUGAAUGAGCGCAAACACUCCAUGAUCUCCAUGGGCCCCUGCGAGGGGUCCAACCCCGUGGCCUCGGCCUCAUCCUGCUCCUCGUCGGCCUCCAGCGAGACGCCCGUCAGCCGCUUCCUGGACCGGCUGCUGGCCCUGCUCGUGUGUGGACAUGACAGGGUUGGCCUCCAUGUUCGCACCAACGUCAAAGACCUGCUGGGGCUGGAGCUCAGCCCCGCCCUCUACCCCAUGCUCUUCAACAAGCUGAGGAACAGCAUCGGCAAGUUCUUCGACACACAGGGACCGGUUCCCAUCAAUGACACUAACACCCAGUUUGUGGAGCAGACCAUCGCCAUCAUGAAGAACCUGCUGGAUAACCACACAGAGGGCAGCUCAGAACACCUGGGGCAGGCCAGCAUCGAGACCAUGAUGCUCAACCUGGUCAGGUAUGUGCGAAUCCUGGGCAACGUGGUCCACGCGAUCCAGAUCAAAACCAAGCUGUGCCAACUGGUUGAGGUGAUGAUGGAGAGAAGAGACGACCUGUCCUUCUGCCAGGAGAUGAAGUUCAGGAACAAGAUGGUGGAGUACCUGACAGACUGGGUGAUGGGGACAUCCAACCAAGCUGCUGAUGAUGACAUCAAGUGCCUGACGAGGGACCUGGACCAGGCCAGUAUGGAGGCCGUAGUGUCUCUGUUAGCUGGUCUUCCUCUGCAGCCGGAGGAGGGGGACGGAGUAGAACUGAUGGAGGCCAAGUCUCAGCUCUUCCUCAAGUACUUCACUCUGUUCAUGAACCUGUUGAACGACUGCAGUGAGGUGGAGGACGAGGGUCAGGUGGUGGGGGGUCGAAAGAGAGGGAUGUCUCGCCGCUUGGCCUCGCUCCGACACUGCACCGUCCUGGCCAUGUCCAACCUGCUCAACGCUAACGUGGACAGCGGCCUCAUGCACUCCAUCGGUCUGGGCUACCACAAAGACCUGCAGACCCGAGCCACCUUCAUGGAGGUGCUGACCAAGAUCCUGCAGCAGGGAACGGAAUUCGACACGCUGGCAGAGACGGUGCUGGCCGACCGCUUCGAGCGGCUGGUGGAGCUGGUCACUAUGAUGGGAGACCAGGGAGAGCUGCCCAUCGCCAUGGCGCUGGCUAACGUGGUUCCUGGGUCUCAGUGGGACGAGUUGGCCCGAGUCCUGGUGACGCUGUUCGACUCCCGCCACCUCCUCUACCAGCUGCUGUGGAACAUGUUCUCUAAAGAGGUGGAGCUGGCCGACUCCAUGCAGACUCUGUUCAGAGGAAACAGCCUGGCCAGUAAAAUAAUGACCUUCUGUUUCAAGGUGUACGGAGCAGCGUACCUGCAGAAGCUCCUGGAGCCUUUAUUAAGAGGUGUCAUCACCACUCCUGAACACAUCAGCUUUGAGGUGGACCCCACCAGGCUGGAACAAGGCGAGAACCUGGAGGAGAACCAGAGGAACCUGCUGCAGAUCACUGAGCGUUUCUUCCAGGCCAUCAUCGGUUCAUCCAGCGAGUUCCCUCCACAGCUCCGCAGCGUCUGCCACUGUCUCUACCAGGCUACUUGCCACUCUCUACUGAAUAAAGCCACAGUAAAAGAAAAAAAGGAAAACAAAAAAGCAGUGGUGAGUCAGCGCUUCCCUCAGAACAGCAUCGGAGCCGUGGGCAGUGCCAUGUUCCUGCGCUUCGUCAACCCUGCGAUUGUGUCUCCGUAUGAAGCCGGCAUCUUGGAUAAGAAGCCCCUGCCCAGGAUCGAACGGGGUCUCAAACUCAUGUCCAAGAUUCUGCAGAGCAUUGCAAACCAUGUCCUGUUUACAAAAGAAGAACACAUGAGACCUUUUAAUGAUUUUGUGAAGAGCAACUUUGAUUCAGCCAGGAGGUUUUUCUUGGACAUAGCGUCUGACUCUCCACCCAGUGACUCUGUCAACCACAGUCUGUCCUUCAUCAGUGACGGUAACGUGCUGGCCCUGCACCGCCUGCUGUGGAACAACCAGGAGAGGAUCGGCCAGUACCUGUCCAGUAACAGGGAUCACAAGGCUGUAGGCAGACGACCUUUUGACAAGAUGGCCACCCUGCUCGCCUACCUGGGACCUCCUGAACACAAACCUGUGGCUGACACUCACUGGUCCAGUCUCAACCUGACGAGCUCCAAGUUUGAGGAGUUCAUGACCAGGCACCAGGUCCAUGAGAAGGAAGAGUUCAAAGCCUUAAAGACCCUCAACAUCUUCUACCAGGCAGGAACCUCCAAGACGGGGAACCCAGUGUUCUACUACGUGGCCCGCAGGUUCAAAACAGGCCAGAUCAAUGGUGACCUGCUCAUCUACCAUGUCCUCCUUACCCUCAAACCCUACUAUGCUAAGCCCUAUGAGAUAGUAGUGGACUUGACACAUGUAGGACCCAGCAAUCGCUUCAAGACCGACUUCCUAUCCAAGUGGUUUGUGGUCUUUCCUGGCUUCGCCUAUGAGAAUGUAGCAGCUGUUUAUGUCUACAACUGCAACACCUGGGUGAGGGAGUACACCAAGUACCACGAACGUCUACUGACAGGCCUGAAGGGCAGCAAGCGUCUCCAGUUCAUCGACUCUCCAGCUAAGUUGGCCGAGCACAUUGAACCCGACCAACAGAAGCUGCCUGCGGCCACACUUACCCUGGAAGAAGACCUGAAAGUGUUCCACAAUGCCCUCAAGCUGGCCCACAAAGAUACCAAGGUCUCAAUAAAGGUGGGUUCGACAGCAGUUCAGGUGACCUCGGCUGAACGGACCCGUGUCCUCGGCCAGCCGGUCUUCCUCAACGAUGUCUACUACGCCUCAGAGAUUGAGGAGAUUUGUCUGGUGGACGAGAGCCAGUUCACCCUCACCAUGGCCAACCAGGGCACACCGCUCACAUUCAUGCACCAGGAGUGUGACGCCAUCGUCCAGUCCAUAAUCCACAUCCGGACACGCUGGGAGCUGUCACAGCCAGAUUCCAUCCCACAGCACACCAAGAUCCGACCCAAAGAUGUUCCUGGCACUCUGCUGAACAUCGCUCUGCUCAACCUGGGCAGCUCUGACCCCAGCCUCAGGUCUGCGGCUUAUAAUCUGCUGUGUGCUUUGACCUGCACCUUCAACCUCAAGAUAGAGGGCCAGCUCCUCGAGACGUCUGGCCUCUGCAUCCCAGCCAACAACACCCUCUUCAUAGUGUCCAUCAGCAAGACUCUGGCUGCCAAUGAGCCACAUCUGACUCUGGAGUUUCUGGAGGAGUGUAUCUCAGGCUUCAGCAAGUCCAGUAUUGAGCUGAAGCACCUCUGUCUGGAGUACAUGACACCCUGGCUGCUCAACCUGGUUCGCUUCUGUAAGCACAACGACGACGCCAAGCGCCAGCGCGUCACUGCUAUUCUGGACAAACUCAUCACCAUGACCAUCAAUGAGAAGCAGAUGUAUCCCUCCAUACAAGCCAAGAUCUGGGGCAGCCUGGGCCAGAUCACAGACCUGUUGGACGUGGUGUUGGACAGCUUCAUUAAGACCAGUGCUACAGGAGGCCUGGGCUCCAUCAAAGCAGAGGUCAUGGCUGACACUGCCGUGGCUCUGGCUUCAGGGAACGUCAAACUGGUGUCCAGCAAGGUGAUUGGUCGAAUGUGUAAGAUCAUAGACAAGACGUGCCUGUCGCCAACGCCCACACUGGAGCAGCAUCUGAUGUGGGACGACAUCGCCAUCUUGGCACGCUACAUGCUCAUGCUGUCCUUCAACAACUCACUGGAUGUCGCAGCCCACCUGCCCUACCUGUUCCACGUGGUGACCCUGCUGGUCGCCACAGGGCCGUUGUCCCUCAGGGCCUCCACCCACGGUUUGGUCAUCAACAUCAUCCAUUCCCUCUGCACCUGCUCUCAGCUCAACUUCAGUGAGGAGACGAAGCAGGUCCUGAGGCUGAGCCUGACUGAGUUCUCCCUGCCCAAGUUUUACCUGCUGUUCGGCAUCAGCAAAGUCAAGUCAGCUGCGGUCAUCGCCUUCCGCUCCAGCUAUAGAGACCGCUCCUUCUCCCCGGGCUCGUACGAGAGGGAGACGUUUGCCCUGUCCUCCCUGGAGACGGUCACUGAGGCGCUGCUGGAGAUCAUGGAGGCCUGUAUGAGGGACAUCCCUGCCUGCAAGUGGUUGGACCAGUGGACUGAGCUGGCUCAGAAGUUUGCGUUUCAGUACAACCCGUCUCUGCAGCCCAGAGCGCUGGUGGUGUUCGGCUGCAUCAGCAAGAGAGUGAGCCACGGUCAGAUCAAACAGAUCAUCCGCAUCCUGAGCAAGGCCAGCCCCCUGCUGAGCAUCGACCGGGGUCUGGAGAGCUGUCUGAAGGGACCAGACAACUACAACAGCCAAGUGUUGAUAGAAGCCACAGUCAUUGCUCUGACCAAGCUGCAGCCUCUUCUCAGUAAGGAGUCUCCCAUGCACAAAGCUCUGUUCUGGGUGGCAGUAGCUGUGCUGCAGCUGGAUGAAGUCAACCUGUACUCUGCAGGAACCGCCCUGCUGGAGCAGAACCUCCACACUCUGGACACAAUGCGCGUCUUCAAUGACAAAAGUCCAGAGGAAGUGUUCAUGGAGAUCAGACGUCCUUUAGAAUGGCACUGUAAACAGAUGGAUCACUUUGUGGGCCUCAACUUUAGUACCAACUUCAACUUUGCCCUGGUGGGACACCUGCUCAAAGGCUACAGGCACCCAUCCCCCACCACAGUAGCGAGGACAGUGAGAAUCCUGCACACACUGUUGGCUCUCAUCAGCAAACAUCUGAAAUGUGACAAAUUUGAGGUCAACACCCAGAGUGUGGCUUAUCUGGCUGCUCUGCUCACUGUGUCUGAGGAGGUCCGAAGUCGCUGCAGCCUCAAACACAGGAAGUCACUACUGAUCUCUGACCUGUCCGUGGACCCGGUGCCCAUGGACACCUACUCCAGUCACAUCAAUGAUCCCAGCUUCAGGACUCUGCGAGAGACUCAGCCGUGGACGUCACCUCAGGUUUCAGAGCGCUACCUUUCGGCCCACCACUACCCCACAGUGGGUCAGAUCAGCCCACGGACACGCAAGUCCAUGAGCCUGGACAUGGGUCAGCCCUCACAGGCCAACACCAAGAAGCUCCUGGGAACAAGGAAGAGCUUUGAUCAUCUCAUAUCAGACUCCAAAGCACCAAAGAGACCAGAGAUGGAGUCGGGGAUGACCACUCCCCCCAAGAUGAGGCGUGUAGCAGAGAACGACUACGAGAUCGAGACACAGAGAAUUGGAAACUCUCACCUUCGUAAAGUGUCUGUAUCAGAGUCCAACGUUCUCCUGGAUGAGGAGGUGUUGACUGACCCAAAGAUCCAGGCUCUGCUGCUCACUGUGCUGGCUACGCAGGUCAAAUACACCACUGAUGACUUUGACCAGCGGAUUCUGUACGAGUACUUGGCUGAAGCGAGCGUCGUCUUCCCAAAGGUUUUCCCAGUUGUCCACAACCUGCUGGACUCCAAGAUCAACACUGUGCUGUCCAUGUGCCAAGACACCAACCUCCUGAACCCCGUCCACGGCAUCGUCCAGAGUGUGGUGUACCAUGAGGAGUCGCCCCCCCAGUACCAGCCCUCCUAUUUACAAAGCUUUGGCUUUAAUGGACUCUGGAGGUUUGCCGGACCUUUCUCCAAGCAAACCCAGAUCCCGGACUACGCCGAGCUCAUAGUUAAGUUUUUGGAGGCGUUGAUUGACAGUUACCUGCCGGCAGCUGACGAGGAGCGAGGAGAGGAGCAGCUGAGGACGCCCACCUCCCCCUACCCCCCCACCAGCCAGAGCCAGCUCAGCAUCACUGCCAACCUCAACCUGUCCAACUCCAUGACCUCACUGGCCACCUCACAGCACUCACCAGGUGUGGACAAGGAGAACGUCCAACUUUCCCCCAGCUCUGCUCUUUCCAGCGGGUGUCGCACUCGCCACGGGUCAGCCAGCCAAGUCCAGAAGCAGCGCAGCGCCGGCAGCUUUAAGAGACCCAGCAUCAAGAAGAUCGUCUGAUCAGCGAGAGAACACCUCCCCACGACACCCCACCCCCCUCAACCUCCUCCUCCUCCUUCUCUCCGCCCCUCCCUCAUGCUGCACUCCACUAGUUUUUAUUUCCUCCUUCUUCCAGCUUGUUGCUUUGGCAGGAGAACGAGGAGGAACAUCACACACUUUCUUGUCUUCUUGCCGUGAUGGAGAUUUUUCUUCAACCCCCAGCACACUACUGCAGCUAGGGACGUCACACGUAAAAGACUGAUGGGAACAAGUGUGGACAUGAAGGUUCAGUUUGGAUGUGGACUGCUCAGUCUGUGUUCAGAUCCCUCGGCCUUCCUCACGUUAAACACUCCUGUGUCAGCGAGAUGGACCAAAUGACAGCAGCGGGGGUGGGGUGGGGUGGGGGGGGUGUUCUGUGAGAUGGGUCCUUCUCUCUGGUCCUGCUUGCACGUGCCCCCCCCCCCCCCCCCCCCCUUCCCAGUCUUGUACAUAUUUUACAUAGACAGAUUAUGUAUAACUAGUCCUUAGUGCUAAUUUGGAUGUUGACGUUUUCUCCAUGGUGUGCCUUUGUCAGGGUUUUUCAAUGUGUACAAUUUGUAAAGUAAGUCAAACCUUGCUGGGGACAAAGAACAGGUACUAAUUAUGGAGGCAAGCGUCCAUAUCACCACGAGUUCACACGAGCUGCAUCACAACUGGCCUCCAAUGAUCGUCAAAUAUACAAUCAUCCAUAUACCCUGUUGCCUGAGAGUAUUUAUCCUGUACAGCUAGAUAGUGCUACACAAACGUCUUCUUUCAGACACGUUCAGAGAUCACACCAAGAAACACGAGGGAAACAACAGUGUAAAUAAUUCCCAGCUUUUUCUCUUUGUUUUUUGUGCAGUUGCUUUUAUUCAGUUCUUUUUAGUAUGAACUGUUUUCAGCAGCUUUUUUAUUUGUUUACAAAGUGACAAGGAAAAUUGUGUCCUAGGCAAUAAUCCUCAACUCUCCAACUCCUUCCUCAACCGCCAUUUUAUUUGUACAGCAAACAGGGAACCUGAUGGAUUCACAUCCAGUGACCAUUUGAAUAGAAAAGAGGCCACGCACACGCACAGACAGACACAGACACGCACAGACACACGCAGACAGACACACACAGACAGACACAGACAGACAGACAGACACAGACACGCACAGACACACGCAGACAGACACACACAGACAGACACAGACACGCACAGACACACGCAGACAGACACACAGACACACGCAGACAGACACAGACACACACAGACAGACACACGCAGAGAGACGCAGACAGACACACACAGACAGACACACGCAGACAGACACACAGACAGACACACACACAGACAGACAUACACAGACACGCAGACACACAGACAGACACACACAGACACACACAGACAGACACACACACACACACACACACAAACAGACAGACAGAAACACACACAGAGACAGACAGACACACACACACACACACACAUCACACACACACAGACACACACACACAGACAGAGACACACUAAAAUGAGCUUUGACAGUUUGUCAUGGACACAGUCGAGAAUAAACUCUCACACUUCACAUAAGCUAAACAUGGUUUGAUGUUCUCUAAUCAUCAUCAGCCUGAAAUCAAACUUCUGAUCAAAGACGUGAACAGGAAACAGAAUCUGACUCUUGUGACUAAACUUUACCUUCCGUCGGUGCGAGGUGACUGAUACGUCCUUCUGCAGCAGAACCCAACACAUCGUCAAACCAAAGACAUGUCACUUUGUUUUACUGUCAAAUCUGGAGGAAGAGUGUUUAAAAAAUAUUGGUUGAUAUAUCUAUUGGAUUUUUUGAAACAUGACUGUCACUACUGGCAGAGUUGAAUCUGCAUUAGUAUGGCACAAUAAUGAAAUCUAAUAAUGCUGUAGAAAUGGUCACAUGGUUUGUAGUAAACAGGUUUCAACAGGCAGACAGCACCUUCGCAGUGCGUCCUCCGUCCACAGCUCGUUACACACCUAUGCAUAGCAAGAGUUGAGUGUUGUUGUACGACUCAACUUUGUUUUAGUCAGCGCAGCAUCUUCACACGUCUGCUGCUCAGAGUCACACAUCUGUCAAGUGUUGGUGUCACUUUACAGAUACGUAUGUGAAUCAGUUCACUACAGAUUUCUUCUUGAUUUUCUUGUAUUGCAGUCACCUUAUUUUCUUCUUUCCAUGCAGUUUAUUCAGUCAACACACAUCACUGCAUGAACGUUUUCAUUAAACACAGCCUCAGAAACAAUAUUUUGAUGUUCAGCCGUAAAGAACGGCAUAAAGGGAAGAAUGAUUUUAAAUCUAAAAGGAAUAAAUUCACUGGUCCACUUUAUUGUAGCAGAUCAACGGAUCCGUGGACUUCCCUCGUUCUCUGUCUUUGACACAUUGUCACGAAGAGAUUUGCUCUUUUUUUUUGGUGAAUCGGGACCAAACCAAGAAAUUAUGUUUCCAAUGCUGAAAAAUCAUAACAUUAUUUCAGAGAAUUGGAUGAUUGCUACCCCAGAGUUAGUGUGCCUCAAAGAGCGCACACUUUUCAACAGUCUUUCCUAGAAAGUGUUAUUGGUGUAGCUCACAGCUGGACACAUGAAAAGUUCAAACCCUGUGUAUUUUCACACAGCAGCACACCCGGCCAAAUCGCUAUAUCUAAGCGUGAGUAACUGUCAGCUUGUCUGUUUUGGAAAGUUCUACUGAAUCCACUAUUAGAACGCUGUUAGACAGUCCAGUUUGAAGCAUACAGAGACCUUCAGCUACUGAUGUUAUUGAACAAAUACAUGAGACGUGUUAAAGUCCCAUUUCAUUACAGGUUUUCCAAACUUACUUUAAAAGCUGGACCACACUGAUCGGCUGAUGUGUUACUUCAUGAAACAACAGCCCUCCUGCGCAUGUAAAUAGGCCUAACCCUAGUUAAUAGUGUCAAGCAUGGAGUUUCAUCUUUUUAAACUGUUAGUCAUAUUUUGUAACUCACAGGAUGUUUGCAGAAGUUAUGGAUCAGUAGGUCCAGGUUCAAAGGAUUUUUGGGAUCUAAAGUCAGGGCCGCUGAAUCUGUAAAGUUAUAUUUAUUCAGUCUCAUUAUAUAUCUUAAUCCAUUGUCUCUCCUCACCCCUUUCACCGUCUAACUGUUCUAAGCUACACUCCCUGAUUUCCUUCAAAGAUGCAUCCACAAACCCUGAAUAACUCAAUCAGCGAGUGUACCUUUAACAAAACACAACCAGGAAAAAUCUGAAGGCAAGCUUUAUUUUGAGCACCGUGUUAGCAGAUUGCCAUUGUUUCCAGGUUUCAGUUUGACUUGUGUGUGAAUGGAAAUAUUAAGGAUUAUGUAUCCAUAACCUCUUAAACAAGUGGUUGACUUGCACUAAUUUAAAAACUGUCAUGGGUUUGUAAAGAAGAAAAACCUCAAAGUGUGGCAUGUUUUAUUUGAUGUUAUGCAAAAUCUAAUGUCUGUAGAGUAUUAGUCUGAGUUUUGUUUUUAAUGCAGUAUGUGUGACAAUUGUAAAUAUUUUGUGUACAAUUUGAGAUGGUAUAUUUACUACACUGUACAUACAUGUGAUAUUGUAUCAUUUUGUUUUUGUAAAGCAGUUAGUUUCUGUAUAAUAAUAUACAAAUUGAACUAUUCCAGUGUUAGUAAUAAAAUGUUUUGCUCUCCA